UAUGUAUAUAUAUAUAUAUACAUAUAUAUAUACAUGUGUAAUAAUAAAACCGGUUUCUAAAUAUAAAUAUUAAAUAUUCUUGAACAAAGUCAAAAAUAAAAAAAAAUGAAUACUGAACGAACGAACCACCAAGGUAUACUUAGGGAAAAUUCUACAAGAACAAAUACGAUGUCGUCAUCGAUCGUUAAUCCUUCUUCGGUUCUUGGUGGUGUAGUAUUUUCAAAAAUUCGAUGUUAUUUAAACCCUGAACAGAUUGGUAAGAAGUUAUUUGGUAAAACCAAAGUUCAACUGGUAUUUUCUUAUAAUAAAAAACAAAAAUUUACAACAAAGUCUGAAAUCGUAUUGAAUAACGAUAAAACUAAGAAGAGAGCAAAUUGGAAUGAACAAAUUUAUUUUGAAUUAUUAUCGGAUGUAUCGCCAGAAUUUUCUGUUAGUGUUUACAAUACUGCUAUUAGCGGUCCUGAUGGAAGAUUAGGUGAAGCAACUGAAAAUUUUAAAAAUGUUCAAAAAUUUAAAAUAGAAGAAAACAGGGUUUCUUUAGAUUUAUUAAAACAAGGUGAAGAAAAGAUUGGAGAAGUAUUUUUCCAUGUUCAAUUGUUAUCAAAGGAUCCUCCAAGGAGUAUGAUGGAAAUGGUUAGCGAUCGUACAAAUAACGAUCACAAAAAGAAAGUUGGGUUGUUGUUAAUUAAUAAUGUUAAAUUUAAAAAUCUAGCUGGAAGAAGGGGUACAUUAGAAGUAAAAUUAAGAGAUGAGUCUCAUUCUACUGAAGGUUAUUGGAAUACGACAAUGAAGGAAUGGAGAUAUCCGAUAGCUCUUACAGUAUUUACAAAUCCUAAUUUGGAUUUAAUAAUUCAAUGUCGAUAUACCGAACAUGAACGUGCUUCAACAAGAAUUUGUUUAGGUCCGAAUGGGAUUCACGAACAUAUUUGGAAAAAUUUGAUGAAUGGUCCCUUUAAAGCUGGAGAGUUUUCUUUACACGAUAAUGAAUAUGAUUCUGCAAGGAUUGAAUUUACAAUAUCCUGUCACAAAAUUGUUACUUCAAAAACUUUAUUCUAUCCAGAUGAAGGAAGACAGGAAUCACCUUUUGUCGACACUAAUCAAAUCAUCAAUGAAGAAAUACGCAGUGCACCUGUCAAUAAUAAUUUCAAUAAUAAUAUUACUACCACUACCACUCUUGCGCGUGCACAUACGAUAAGUUAUACUCCAGGAUCAAUAAAUACGAUUGGAACGAUGGGACGUUCAAGUGUUAUUCCUGAACAAAGCAUAAACCCUGAACAAAAUUAUACGAUUGCCGUCGCACAAAAAGUUCAUUAUAUUCCUAGAUCGCCUCAUAUAUCACCUCAAUUACCCCCGAUACCUAAUGGCAUUGGUGAUUCUACUAAUAUACCCCAACAAAUUCAGAAUAUCGCUAAUACUAGACAAAUUGUUAAACCCAGACCUGCAGAUAGUUCACAAUUAAGAAAUAUUAUUAAUAAUAAUAAUAUGGCGAAUUCAAUUCCUGUACCUCCUAAGCAUCCUAGACGACAAGCCACUGUUGAAGAAGAAACUGAUUCAGAACAUAUUCGUGUUAAUAAUUCUCCACCCUCAUCUGAACGUAUGAUCAAUGUACAUCAUUAUGAAAAUGAUGCACGUGAUAUUUCUAACCCAAAUUUCAAUAAUUUCAAUGAAUCAAAUAUUCCCCCUCAAUAUAAGAAUCCUAAUCCUGAUAUGAAUUCAUCAAGUAAACAUCAUCGAAUCUCACCACCUCCACCUCCAUAUCCAAAACAGUCCAAUAGUGUAUCUUCACCCAGAAUUAUUUGUCAACGUUUUGUAAUAGUUAAUCCAUUGCGUCUGAGUAAUAUGCGUGGAAGAAGAGAAGAAGUUCCUCUAUAUCCACAAAAUAAGCUAUACAAAGGUCAUCAUAUAUUUACCAAGCAAGAUGUCAUAAUCAAGGAGUUCAGCUCACAAUUAUCAUAUGAGUCUGAAACUGCUUAUUUGAAGGAUCUUAGUUCUCGACAUAUAGUUAAAUGGGUUGAUAUGGAAUCAGAUCCGAGUACAGGAGAAUUUUAUUCUAUCACUGAAUAUUACGGUAGAGCUUUACAAUUGGAAGCUCGUAAAUUUAAUGUGGGAAAAAUCAAGCAAGUUUUUAAAAAUAUUUGUACUGCCGUAAAUUGGAUUCAUAGCAAUGAUGUUGUGCAUCUCGACUUGAACCCUACGAAUAUUAUUUGUAAAGAAGGAAAAGAUAAUCACAAAAUCAAAAUAUGUGAUUUUGAAACAUCACGGCAAUUUGGAGAUAUAAUUCAAGUAUUUCCACCCGUACCAUCUGAUGAUACGCAAUCGAUGCAAUCAUAUGAUCACCAUCAACAAUAUUCUUCUGGUACACAUUAUUCUCAUCAAGCUUAUCCACAAUCACAAUUUACACAAUUUACACAAUUUACCUUGGGAUAUACAUGUCCCGAAUUAUUAUUAUGUUGUGAUGAUGAUGAAAAGGAUUCAAAUAAUGUAAUAGAGGUUCCCGCUCAUUUAAACCAAGAUAUUUUUAGUUUGGGUUGUAUAUUAUAUUUUCUUUAUAAUAAUAAUAAAGCUUUAUAUAAUACAUUGGAAGAUCUGGAAGAAAGUUUUUCAUUGGAGAAAGGAUUUGAAUAUAAAAUUAGGAAAGACAUUGAAGAUGAUAGGGCCGCUGAUUUGAUAUUAAAAUGUGUUAAUAAGAAGCCAAAUGGGAGACCUACCAUUGAAGAAGUUUUGGAUGACAGAUAUUUUAAAUCUAAUAUUGAAAGGAAUCAUAGUAUAAAUUCUAGGAAUUCACAUGAUAGCAUUAAAAGCGAUAAUCUAUCCAGGAAUUCUCGUGAUAGUGUUAAAAGUGAAAGUUUAAAUGGUAGUAACGGUAGUAACGGUAGUAGUAGUGAUAAUGAUGAAAGGUAAUGGAAGAGUUUCGUAAAACGAGAAAGAAUAGAUAAAAAUGUUAGAAUGUUUAGAUUAAAUUAUUUUUUUAUUUAUUAAUAUUUUAUUUAUUUAUUUUAUUUUUUUUUUGAUUUGUAUAAAAUGUAUAUUA